AUCAGCGUACAUAACGAUUUUUGGACGGAUGGGUGCUCGACGCUUGUUCCCUUGCUGGGACCAGCCAAUAUUCAAAGCUACCUUCAACAUCUCCGUCGUACAUUCAUCCAAGGUCCAGGUCUUAUCGAACAUGCCGUAUAGGAAUGAAAUGUCCAGUUCCGGCAAGAAUGUUGCAAAAGUUCCGACACGAAGGACAAAAAGGACGGAUUUCCACAUUACUCCUGUCAUGUCCACUUACCUCGUGACGAUCGCGAUUAUCGGAAACGUUACAAAUUAUACGGCAGAGAAUAACAUCGAAUUGUAUUACACGGGGGACACGGGGAAACACAUACAAAUAGUCCGAAAGAUCGUUAGAACGGCUAAUGUCUUCUUAAAUACUUACACGUACCACAGAUGCGUAAAUAUGACAUUGCGUAUUCUGUCGUAUCGAGACUUGCCGAGCAACGCCAUAGGAGCUUGGGGAUUUGCAGUUUUUAGAGAAAAUGAUAUCAUUUACAAGCGAAUCUUCGAUUUUCCCGGACGCAAAUUUGCAAUAUGGAAAACAGUAGCUAACCAAAUAGCACGACAAUGCAUCGAGAGUUUCGUCAGCCCACAGACGUGGACCCAACAGUGGUUUAGCCGUGCGUUUGCAACGUAUCUUAGUUAUAAAAUAGCUGGAAAGAAAGAAUAUGACCCGGAUAUUAUGAUGCAAUUUUUUGUGGUACAAGUUAUAUUGCCUGCAAUGCAUAAUGAUAAAGAGCUAAAAAUGCCAACUCUUACAGACGAUUAUGAUCCGUUUUAUUCUUCUCUCAUUUAUAAGAAAGCAUGUGCUAUGUUAAUGAUGUUGGAAAUUAUCGCCACAGAGGAAGUAUUGCAAGAUGCAUUUGCCCAGUAUAUGCGGAAAUAUGCAUACGGCUCCGCCACACCAUUCAAUUUUUUGAGGAUACUGGAAUUAAAAAUGCGUGCAUUAUCUGAGGAUCAUAUAGAUUCUUUCUGGGAAAUAACGAGGAUAAUGCACAUUUGGUUCUCGCAAAGACGUUUUCCAACAUUGGUUGCUGUACAAAAUGAUAACGACAAGAGUAUAGAUGUUACAAUUGAUGGUUCAAAAGAAACCGAAUGGCCAUUACCAAUAAUAUCCGAAGUACCACCACGUGUUCAUAUCCUGCUAGCUCCCUCCAUGAUAUCGAUUUACGAUUUCGUGCAGAACAUUAGCACUUCUUUCAAUAUUCACGGGGGCGGACCAGAUAAUUUCUUUAUAUUUAACGUGCGACAUUUCGGCUACUAUCGCGUCUAUUACGAUUAUGAUAAUUGGAUGAAAAUCGCGAAGCAUCUGAAUAACGAGGAUCAUACGAAAAUACAUGUUCUCAAUCGUGCUCAAAUUAUCGAUGAUGCGUACCAUUUUUUAAUGGAUGGAUCCUUUAGUUACAUAAUCUUCUACGAUUUGAUUAGUUACUUACAGAAAGAGACGAAUUUUAUAGUAUGGCACAGUAUGAUGAACAUUCUGCAUUAUUCGUCACCAUUCUUCAACAUCCCAGAAAGUACAUUUUUCAAGGAACACGUUAUAAAGAUCAUGCGCAAUCUUUUCACGAGGAUUGGGUAUUAUGAAGAUCCGAAAGACAAUGAAAUGUUGCAAGCUACGCGAUUAUUACUCCUGAAUUGGGCCUGCAAACACGGCCAUGAUAAAUGCAGAGAAAAUGCCCACAACAAACUGGUGGCACACAUCCAUGAUCCCGAAAAUAAACCCAUUUCACAGUGGUGGGAUGACUGGAUAUAUUGCGCGGGUUUGAUGCACGUAUCCAACUACACUUUGCCUGAACUUUUGGAUAUUUUGCACACACAGAAAAAAGAUGUUUUACAAUAUAUACUCUGCGUCGAUGACGAUGAUUUGCUCCAGAAACAAGUGGAAAUGUUUUUAUAUAAACACGAAACAGCGCAAGACGAAAAUGUUCGAUUAAGGAAAUUCUAUCGCAACUUUGUGAAGAGGCAUGCUAGAAAGCCUAAAGUACUCGAUUUUAUCUUAAAGAAUUUCGACAAUAUACUGCCAGGUCACAUGACCAUCGUGGAGAAAAUAACUCAUAUUUUUAUGGGCGUGUACUCCAAAUGCCAACUUGACAAGAUAUUGCAAUACGUAAAUCAAAAAGCCAAUUUGAACGCGGAACCCACCAUUAAACAUUGGAUUAUCUAUCGAAAAGAACAAAUAAAUAGGCUGAAGGAGAGUUUCUCUAGUCGUUUCCACGAUCAUACUCCUAUAAAGGAAUGCUGA